CGCAAGUGGAUCGCCGAGAGUCCACCAAAGAUCUGUUGAGUGUCAGGCAGGGCUGCUGCGGCGCUGUCGUCCCUGACCUGCAUCUUUCUCCUCAGCAUCGAAUCGCAGCCAUGUCGGUGCUUUCUCUCCUGAUCUGUCUGGUGUGUCUGGUUGCGCCAAGUCUGGCGCAGGUGGGCAGCCCCAUCGGUGUGACCCCCGCGGAGGCAUCGAGAUUCAUAUGGAGUGAGUCAGAGAGAGGCAGCACAUGCGACAUGCGUGUUUGUAUGUUGUGUUGUGUUGUGUGUGUUGUGUUGUGUGUGCAGCCGUCGCGCCGUAUGAGGACAUGGAGAUCUCGCUGGGCCAGAGCCUGUCCUUCCGCUACCCGGCAUUCCACGAUGUCGCACUCGCCGAUGAUGAAGAAGGUAAGGUGCCCAGCACCCACAACACGCACAUCACACACGCACGCCAGGUUUCACACACAAGCCGUUGAUGUCUCUCUUACUGUGUGUCUGUACGUCUGUCUGUUAUCCCACUGGCUGCAGCGUACACGAGCUGUGCGAAGGACAAGAUGACGGUGACGGGUGCGAUCGACAAGGGCAUGCCGGAGCCGUUCGUCUUCACGCCAGAGGAGGUCGGCACCUACUACAUCGUGUGCUCCGUCGCCGACCACUGCGAACUGGGGCAGAGGUUCGUCCUCAACGGUGAGUAUGUCGGCAACACAACAACACACGCAGUACACGCAUCACUGUUGUGUGUAUGUGUUUUUGUCGCAGUGACUGAGGCGUCCCCCCAGGCGGACACGGAGCCCAUCCAGGUGCUGGUGGCGCAACAGCCGACAUGGGCGGUUGGUGUGAAGUACGACGACAUCACUGCCAGGCAGGACACGGUGCUCAACUUCGUCAGCAACAUACACCACGACGUCGUCCUUAUCAACAAUCGAGAGGCCUUCGAGGUGCGUGCGCCCCUGUAUGUGUGUUGUGGGCAGGAGAUGAAUGUGUGCGUGUGCGUGUGCGUGUGUGUGCGUGUGUGUGUGUGUGUCCAGAACUGUACCAUCGGCGAGGGCAACAUCACCGUGGAGUACUCAGCACAGGACUUCGCCAACAACCCCGUCUUCAACUGGACUGUGGGGCCAUGCAAAGAAUACUACCUUGCUUGCUCGGUCGGCGCACACACACAGGCGACACUGUCUAGACAGGCAGAGACGCUCUGGUGCGUGUCUGUGUCUGUGUGUGCAGAUCGGUAACCAGGGCUGCCAGGCGGGGGGCCACUGCGGGGGCGGGCAGAAGCUCAAAGGCAAGCACCACACACACAUGGAAGACAGUGAUGUCUAUAUGCCCUGACCAAGCUCUUGGCUGUUGCAGUGAUCGUUGAGGACGGCACAGACGACUGCUACCCCCAAUCGAACCCUGAAGCCGGUAUAGGUGCACACCACCACUCUGCACACACACUGACAACCGUCCAUCUGUGCCCUUCUGCGUGUCCACCAUGUCAGCGGCUGUGUGUUUCGGCGGCGAGCCACUGUCCCUAGAGGACAGCAGCACCGACGAGAUCGCCACUGAGGCCACUGAGGCGCCUGCAGAUGGCGUGCAGGCAGAGAGUGAGGGCACCGCCGCAAUGUCAUCUGUCGAGGCAGAUGAGGGCGAGGCGACCAGCGGUGCCUUUGCUGCCGCGCCCACCUUCGUCACUAUCAUCGUCGGGGCGGUCGCCUUUCUGACACUGACAUCCAUCUGAAGGCUGUGCGUGCCGUCUUGGAACAUGUGUUGUCGAACGGAGAGCGCGAUGCGCGGGGCGGGUGGGGCGCUCUCGCGUGCAUGCGAGGGAGCGUGUGUGUGACGGGUGGAUGGAUGGAUGGAUGGCGAUUUUGGUAGCGCUCCUGUUUGUGCUUUGCUGCUGUGUGUCGAUGAAUGUGGGUGCGUACACGUAGGUGGAUAUAUGUGUGUGUGUGUGGGUACGUGUACCCGUCUCUUCUGAACAGAAGAGUGGGCGGGGCCCGGGCAAAGCAUUAAUGCAAGGGACUUUUAUAUAUCGGGAUGUGUGUCCUUCAUGCUGGCGGGUGUAUGUGCGAUAAGGGGGGAGGGAGGGAGGAGGGUAUCGCUACUCGUUUCUUACGCUCACACGCAGGCACACAACCCUGUGUGGACGCACACACGCACACACAUUUAUAGUGCAUCCACACACGGCGUAUCAGACAGAAGCUUUGUCGCAAUCGGCAGCAGACAGCUGGGCGGCGACCUGUGGCAGUGACAGCUUCUGGCGCGUCACCCCAGAAGCGUGUCACUGCCCCAGCUUCCCGACCAUUUGUCUGCAGCUGAGACAGGGACAGUUGAAAGCUGAAAUGGCGCUCUGGCCAGACAAUGGACAGAAUUCAGCUGCUGCGCCUGCUCGUCUGUUGUCUGGUUGAUGGCUGUAUGGCUUGCUCUCUGUGGUCUAGCUCUCGUCUCUGGUGCUGUCACCUAACCUCUCAAGCUCACAACUGUUCCUUUGAGGCCCCGUGGCGGCGAAGGUCACGAGAGAGAGACACAGAGAGAGGCCGAGGAAGCCCAAGCUUCGUCCAUCGGUCGGUGUCCAUCAGUCAGAUCAGAUGAUACGGGCCAUGUGAGUGGGUGAGUGGGUUGUCCUGAUGCAUCGAUGGAGGCACUUUCUCUCCUUGCUGCUUGUAUGCAUCGGCCUGUGUCUGUCUGUCUGUCCGUCUGGUGUGCAUCAAGGGUGGGUCUGCGAUGCUGACUCUGUCUAGAGCCACGUCUCUGAGAUCUCUCUUGACAAUUGAGAUCAUGGUAGCGUGGCGCUGGCGAGGUGAAGCAUUGCAGCCCGACCCAGCACGGCCCCAUGAACGGCAUGUGUAUAUGUGUUUGACGGAUGGAUCUAUGCAAGUGGACUCGUUGGAUGGAUGUCAGCACUCUGGGUGAUGCAAAGCGCUCCUGUGUGG